UAUUUUCAGGAAUUUGAAAGAUUAUAAUAGAAAGAUUCAGAUACUUUGCUGGCUGAUGGAAAUCUACAUUGAUUCAGUAUUGAAGGCAGUAAUUAGGCACUGUCAAAAUGUAAACUGCUUAAGGCGCUUAUCUUGCAGAAAUACUUAGGUGUGCAAAGGCACAUUCGCAAGGACAUCCCCAGCUGCCCUCUCUGUAGGAGGGAAGCAAGUGGGGGCUGUGCCCAAGUUUGACAAGAGAAGAUGGGUCAAGUACAUUAUGCUGCUUGUAGUAUGAAACACCAUGAAGAUGGUGACAGCUGGGGUGGCUUGUGUGUACUGACAGGGAAAGAAGAACAACUGCUUCCCCACACCUUCAGCCAGGACGUUCUGCUGCCUCCAUGUCAGUCAGUAGUCAAAAUCACCCACAUUUACCUAGUGCGUCACCUUUAUGAUUUCAUUUAGUCCCCGAAACGCACAUAUGACCUGGGCUCAUCAGCCAGUUUUGUAGGGUGAAGAAGUGGUCACAGCCCUGCUGGUUCCCUGGACCCUGCUGAACUCUCCCCGUGGAAAGAAGUAGGCCUCACAUACACACUGACCCCACUGGCUGUGCUUUUUGACAAAGCCCUUGAAGCUGACCAAGAACUGGUUGCCAUAGAGAUGGCCAUAGAGAUGGCCUGGAGGACAGUUCCAGGGCUGGCAGGUGGGAGUGGGGAAGGAAGCCGGACACCAACAUGCUAAACACCCAUCAACCGUUGGUCAGGGCCAACUCGGAAAGGCCAGCUCAGGACCUGGGCCCUCAGACUCCAGAGACAGCCACAGGCCUACUCCAGCUUCUGUCCGGCUUUUCCCCUGCAGAGCAGGGGAACCUGGGGAAUGAUGAUGAUGUGCCCAGGCAGGGCCGGCCACAGAGGUCUCAGAGCGCAGGGCAGAGGGCAAAGAAGGACUGCGGAACCCAGGGGCGGAACAAGAAAGGACAAGUCUCCGCUGAGGCUGAGGAUCUCUUCCCGGCUUCUCUCCGGAAACCCUCCUUCCCCUUCCAGUGGGCCUGGGAGAACUUCAUCAUGGAUGGUCAGGCUCUGCUUCAGACAAGCUCCCCUGAGGCCCCUGGCCACCAAGUACUGCCCUCGCCCCUAGCAAUCCUCCAGAACAAGUCCAGGCGCAAGUCCAUGCCCAACUUCCCAGAAUCCCUUGAUUUCUGCCAGAAGAUGGAGAUGGAAAAUCUGGAACGGAGACAGCAGCUGGGGGCCUGGGGUGGCAUCCUCCUCCCUCCCAGCAAAGGGGAGAACCAAGGGCUGGAGCUAUCUAGCAAGUGUGGCCUUUGGCUGCCUGGGAAGAGGUCAGGAUCAGAAACAGAGUCCGAGGAGGCUGCAGAGCGGGAGGGCCUAGGUGUGGAGGAGGUGGAGAGGGGUCUGAGCCCUGGGGAACUGCUCCAGAUCCCCAGGAGGGGCUUGAUCUUGGAGGAGGAGCGGUUCUCAGAGGCAACGGAGGAGGCUGAGCAGUGGGAUCACAGCGCCCCCCACAGGAGGAAGGGCAGCUCUCGGAAAAAAGGUCAGAAUUCUGGAAAGGAGGCUUUGGAAGAAGGGGAGCUUCGGGGCCAGAGCCAGGGAAGCAGCUCCAGCUUCAACAGCUUCAGAGGGUCACAGAGGGGGAUGUCAAAGGCCAAAGAGGUGGAGGGGCCCUGGGACCUAGAGAAGCUGCACGGGCAGUUACAGCAAGAAUUGAACUGUGGUCCCCAAAAGCAGUCCUGGAAGGCUUUCCGGGCUGCCUCCAUCCGGAGUGAGAAAGCCCAUGACUUGGGAGAAAAGGAAAAGUUCCUGUUUGCCAGCUUCCCUAAUCGCACCUUCCACAAACGACAUGAGGCCACCAGAAGCCUGCUGCAGAGUUGGGAGCGGCAGCAGCGGGAACAGCAGCAUCAGGCUGAGCUGCGCAGGACUAGGGAACAUCGGGUUCAGCAGCAGGUGGCCCGCUGCCUAGCAUCCUAUGCACCCCCAGGGGGCCGGGGACCCAGUGCCACCCAGCGCAAGGUGGAGGAAUUGAGGCGCCAAGAGCGACAGCGCUUUGCUGAGUACCAGGCGGAGUUGCAGGGCAUCCAACACAGGGUGCAGGCCCGGCCCUUCCUAUUCCAGCAGGCCAUGCAGACCAACGCCAGGCUCACUGUGGCCCGGCGCUUCUCCCAGGUGCUGUCAGCGCUAGGAGUGAACGAGGAGGAGCUGGUGGCUGAGACACAUAAAAGGGACACAGUGGGAACUUCCAGGAAACCCAGGAGCUCUGACUGUUCUUGCCGUCUCCACCCUGCACACACAGCCCUGCCUCUCCUUCUGAGUGGUACAUCUCAAAAAGCAACAGCUGAGACUUCUCCAAGCAGUCAAAUUCAAAAGGGAAAAGAACGUGGGCAUGGUGGCUCAUGCCUGUAAUCCUAGCAGCCAGGGAGGCUGAGGCAGGAGGAUUGCAGAGUUCAAAGCAGCCCCGGGAACUCAGUGAGACCCUGUCUCGAAAUAUAAUAUUUUUUAAAAAAGGGCUGGGGAUGUGGCUCAGUGGUUAAGGGCCCCUGGAUCCUGGUACCCGCCCCCCCAAAAAAGGGGGGUGUUGAAAAGAUUCCUGUAUUUGAGUACUCCCAUGGGGUGGGGGUGGGGCUUUAAAGGGGAACUCAUGACAUAUCCUAACAUCUGAAAUGGGUCACACAGGGAGUCCACAAAGGGAGCAACCUGUGUUUGUGUGUGUGUGGGGGGUGUUGUGUGAACCGGGCUUUUGAGUCCCGGUAAUUUUAAAUUAAAAUCCUUCUCAAGUUUUAAAAAAGAAAGAAAUAUAAGUGCACACAAAUGUGUCC